AUGGCGCUAAGCGCUUAUCUUUCAACUAAUUUGUCAAACAUCGCAUGAUUACUCGCUAACACAUUUAUGUAGGUGGGCAGUUGCGGAUUUAAGACACCACCAGCUCUCUAGUCAGGUCCUCCUCCUAACGACCACUUAUGCCCAUCCUCCUUUCUGCUCUCCCAUGCAUAGGACUUGUUAAUUCGACGUCCCAGAGAGCUCUACGAUCCAUAGCCCACACCGCUUCAGCGGCCAAGGCACUGCCGUUCUCUCUCCACAGGACGAGCCUAGGAAGCGAUCAUGAAGCCAAGGUGCUGCGCAUGGUUAUGUUUGGGAAGCCUGGCUCAGGCAAGGGGACUCUAUCGUCGAGACUCGUGAAAAAGUACGAUGUAAUGUCUCUGUCCACCGGCGACCUUCUCCGUCAACAUAUAGCCGAGAGGACAGCUGUAGGGCGGCAAGCAGAAAGCAUUGUUGCACAAGGCGGUUUGGUCCCUGAUGAGAUUAUGCUCCAGGUGGUCACCAUCAAGCUCGACGGACUGCGUAACAGGGUUGUGCGUGGCUUCAGUGAGACAGAAGUUGACGUGCAGUUUGACCAGAGCCAUUACAGGGCACAAAAUACCCCAUUGAGCUUGGUGAUAAACCUUGACGUCGCUGACGAGGUUAUUCUGAGCAGGAUAUCAGAUAGAUGGGUGCACCUACCAUCUGGGCGUGUAUACAAUAUGUCGUAUAAUCGUCCGAAAGUUGAUGGAUUCGAUGACGAGACGGGCGAACCUCUCACAAAGAGGCCGGACGAUAAUCCCGAAAUUUUCGCGCGUCGUCUGAAGCAAUUCCAUGAGUCGACAUCCCCUUUGACUGGCAAGACCUCCGAUGAGAUUUGGCCGAAGCUCGAGGCAGUUCGUGCCGCAGCCCGGAGGCAACACAGUCUCGGUGACACAUUUAUGACGGGGGAGGAAGCUUGGUCAACAAAGGUGUGAACGACUGGUAGAGGGUGAACCUCCGGAUUGGUGGCUAUGUCCUUCAAUAACUUUGUGUUCUGACUAUUGUUAGCCACCAUUGUUUGAUUUGAUGCCCGGACCUGUACUUGUACAACAUACGUUCCAUCAAGCUAAUAUAUAAAGUACAACAAUGAGCGUCAACGGACUUGCCCAAGCGAGCAAACCUUGAGCUUGAGGCACAGCCUGUUAUGUGGUAUGGAGCAUUUGGUCUCAGGAUCUUAUAAG